AUGGCAACUUUAUCGGGGGUAUAUAGUGAAAUGUCUCCAACAUUUGGUGCUGCUGAUGCCCUUUUACGUGAUUAUGACAGUAAAUCACCUAUAUGGUUUCGUUGGGCAACAAAUCUUAUCGAAUAUUUUUUUACAUUAUUGGUACUUGCUAGUCUUGUAAUUCGUUAUAUAUGGAAUCAUACAUUUAUUCCAAUAAUGACACGUCUUCAUGUACCUAUGGUACGAAAACGUACACCAGUUUCAUAUCAAAAUGAUACUGUUCUUAUUACUGGAGCUGGUGGUUGUCUUGGUCGAGCAUUAGCUUUUGAAUUCGCAAAGGAAGCUCGAGUUCUUGCUUUAUUAGAUGUACAAAAGAAACCAUUAGAUGAUCUUAAACAUGACCUCCAACAAACUUAUGGAAAAGAAAACUGUCGUAUUUAUACUUAUCGUUGUGAUCUCAGUGAUUUGAAUGCACUUAAAUACACAAUAACAGCUAUUCGUGAAGAAUUAAGUGAUAAUAUCUCUGUAUUGGUUAAUUGUGCCGCUACAGCUCAUUUUAAAGAUAUCGUAUCGCAUACAGAUGAAGAAUAUCAAUACACAUUAAUUGUUAAUACACUCGCACCAAUUCUUAUUACUAAAGAUUUAUUAAGUGGAAUGAUAGCUCGUAAUCAUGGACAAAUUGUUAAUAUUGUCAGCAGUGGCGCAUUAAGUGGAAAUGCAUUUACGUCAUCAUAUUCAUCUUCAACUGCUGCUUUACUUAAUUUUACAGAAACACUUAGUCAAGAAUUAAUUCUUUUGAAAGCAACUGGUGUUCGAGCAACAUCUGUUUUACCAUUUUAUCUUGAUGGUGGAAUCUAUACAACAUUACGUAAAUUUGGCAAAGAAAAAGUUUUAGGUGUAACUCCACAACGUUUCGAUGUAGCAGCACGUGAAAUAAUGUGUGGACUUAAAUCAACUCGUAGUCCAAUCUUUUUACCUCCACUUCAAUUACAUAUUACACGUUUAUUACGCGCAGUUCUUCCGGAUGAUGUUUGGAAUCCAUUCUUUUUACAUGUACUUGGACGUACACCAACAUGUGUCAAUCAUUAUUAA